UUUUUUAUUUAUUUCAGUCAUGUCUUCAUUGAUAAACUUGUUUUGUUUACUCUGUCUGACACUUCUUGUGCCGACAAAUGCUAACCAAUUGGUUAAAAAUUCAUCGUUCAUCUGCGGUCAGCCAAUUGAUUCAAUACUAUCGGACAUCAGUAAUGAAAAGAUAAAAUUAUGGAUAUUUUCUGGAGAUCGCUAUUAUCUGAUCGACAAUUUUGUAGUCAAUGAACAACAAUCGACGUAUAAUAUAGUAACGAAAAACGGAUCAAUUAGUUCAUUGAACAACAAUCUAAGCGCACCAAUAGAGCUGGCAUUUGAUUACACAGAUGGCUAUCAUCUCAUCAAUAUAAAUAAAACAUUGAGUGCAAAGGAAUGGAUACUAACAAAGGAUUGGCAUCUAAUCAAAGAAUCAAAUUUUAUCUCAGAUGACGAUCGUCUGGAGGGUUUGGGUUAUGGUUUCAAUAUAUCUGAACCGGUUUAUUUGAAAUAUUUUUAUGGCACUAUUAUUGUCUACUUCAAUGAAGUUAACUACUAUUCGUUGGUCAAGAGGACAGUCAAUAGCAGCACACAUACCGAUGAGAUAACGUUUAGUUACGAUAUUAAUAAUAUUGAAUAUAAUACGAGUUUUGUCACUCAUUUCAAUGAUAAACCAAUCGGUCACGGGAUACGAACGCACCAAUACUUAUAUCUGAUUGCUGGCCAAUAUGUUUUUGCCCUUAAGUUUGUUAAGGAUAUGGAUAAAGUCGACUAUUGGAUGCCAAUGUCUCAGUUUAUGAAUUUGGAUCAAUUGAUUACUUGCGAAUCCAGAACAACCAUCUCUACUAUUACUGUAACUAAUAGUACAACUAGUGAUAAGAUUAGUACAACCAUUGAAUCUACCGGUUUUAGUAUAGUAUUAAUUAUUUUGCUUAUUGUUGUCAUUAUCGUUGUCAUCAUUAUUAGUAUUAUAAUUUUGAUUAUCAUUAUUAUCCAUCUUCGUGCUAAUGAUCGCGAAAAACCAGCCGCCAAAUCAACGGUUGGCAAUACACUGGGCUUUGAAAACAGUGCCGCCAGUGAUGACAACACUUCAACAAUGAGAGAGAGCCUCUAA